AUGUCUCCUCACCGAGGCCGACGAUCGCGCCCGUCGCAUCACGACGGCAGGUUCCCGCCGGUCAGGCACGACCCGCGAGACGACAAGGAAAAUGUGGCGCCACCGGUCAAUCAGGCACGCGUCGGAAAGGCAAGCAUGCGAAUUAGCACUCUCAAGCCGCGCCGUCCCCUCAAGCAGCAGCAUCGCAAUCCGGGCUCUGGUCACGAAUUCCGCAAAGUAGGCGCGCAAGAUGUGGUCUGCCAGGCCGAAGACACGAAUCACUCGCACCAAAUGUCCUACCUGGAAAGCACGACGCGAGACAGCUACAUCAGCUUUGAUACGGAGUUUGUCAUCUACGACGACAGCGAUCAGGCCGCACUGGCGCCUGAAUUGCAGAAAUUGUCGCUCAAUGAACCCUGUGAGGUUUUCAGAGAUGACACUGCGAUGCAUCGGGGGGUUGACGAAAGGACGGGUGAGGCCGACAUCGAGGUGUUCUUCGACAGCGAUACAAAGGGCCCUCUCAAGGCGCUCUCGUACGUCGAGGCCUUUGCGAUGCGGCCUCGCGUUCAAAAGGUAGAUGCUGAGGCCAGAGGGAAGGGGAGCCCGCUGCGGAUGGAGGUCUACGUUGAGUAA